AUGGGGAACCUUAAAUUCUUUCCGCCAAAAAAGGAAGGUGAUAAAACCUACAUCUACCCUCCUGAUACAGUUGUGGAGGAAGGCAUCUCACUGUGGAAGUCCAGUUUGGUGGGCCAAUUCAUGGAUAAGUCUUUGCCUUAUUUUCUGGUGAAGAAGGCAGUGACUGCUAUGUGGAGCCAAUAUGGAGAAGUAGAAGUUUUCUCACUUGAGAAUGGAAUGUAUAUUUUCAGGCUCAAGGAUGAAGCAACCUGUGAUGAAAUUCUUGAAUCCAAAAUAUGGCAUGUCUCGAAUAAGCCUCUGAUUCUUCGAAAGUGGAAGCCAGGUAUGCAAGUCCUUAAACUUGCCCUUUCCUCUGUUCCUGUAUGGGUUAAAUUUUUACAUUUGCCUAUGGAAUUUUGGACCUCCAAUGGUCUUAGUUAUGUGGCUAGUGGGGUAGGUGUUCCACUUUAUGCUAACAAAGUAACAGAGGAGCAGAAACGCCUAGGGUUUGCUAAAGUCUUAAUUGAGAAUGAUGUUCAUUCUGCAUGCCCAAAGGAGUUGAUAAUUUGUCGAGCUAAUGGAGAUUCUGUUACUGUUGGUGUUGUCUAUUCAUGGUUGCCUCCUAAGUGCUCUACUUGUGGAACUUUUGGUCAUGCAACAUACACUUGUAACAAGAAAGAACAGAAGGUGUGGGUGCCUAAGAAGAUCAAUAAUAGUCCUCAUAAGAAGCCUAGCCUUGGUGCAAAGCUGACUUUUGAUAGGACUAUUAGCAAACCGGGGAUAGGCUCUAAACCUAAGGAUAACAAAGGAGAGAUUCGGCUCUCAAAUUCUUUUGCUAGACUAAGCCAGGAUGAGCGGUUUGAGGAAGAGGAUAAGCCUAGAACCCCGACUACAUUCUUGCAAGUAUUUGAGAAAGCUAUGUCAGACAAGGGGAAGGGAAUUUUGGAAGCAAGCCCUGCUAGAAAGGGCUGGAAAGUUAUCAACAACUACUCUAAACACUGCUUAGGGAAGAUAUGGAUCUGCUGGGAUCCAGGUGGAGUUAAGAUUGAUGUUGUUAAUGUUCAUGCUCAAGUUAUAACUUGCAGUGUGACAUCUCUAGAUUCUGGUGGCUCUUGGAUGAUCUCAGAAGUUUAUAGAGUUAAUCAUGGACCUGAGAGUAGAAGUCUUUUUAAGGAAUUAAUUGAGGUAAAGGUUGCUAUGGGAAGGAAACCUUGGUUGAUCACUGGAGAUUGCAAUGUUAUUAGGUUUUCGGAUGAGAGAUGGGGUAAGGAGGGUUUAUCUUGCUAUGAAAAAGAAUUUGUUGAUUGUAUCCAGAAUUUAGAAGUUGAUGACAUUGCCUUUACUGGAUGUUUUCAUAGUUGGACAAACAAGCAGAUUGGGGCUGAUUUUGUUUCCAAGAAAUUGGAUAGGGUGUUGGCUAAUGGAGACUGGUUGGCUACUUUUAGCAACACAGCUGUGGAGUUUCUUGAGAGGGGGGUUUCUGACCAUUCCUCUGCUCUUGUGACUAUUGCUAAGCAGAUUAGCUAUGGUCCUAAGCCUUUCAAAUAUUUUAACUUUUGGUCAGACCACAAGAACUUUCUGCAAUGGGUUGAAGAAGGCUGGAGGACUGAGGUAGAUGGGUUUUCCAUGUUUAGGUUUUACUCUAAACUGAAGUCUACCAAAACUGUCUUGAAAGUUAAAAAUAGAGAGUGUUUUGGAGCUUUGGGGCUAAAGGUAAAGCAGGAUAGGGCUAAUUUAGAGUCUGCCCAAGCAGAGUUUAUUGCUUCUCGGGGCAGUGCAGAAUGUCAGGUUCAGAAUUCUUCCAACCUUAUCAAGAUGGUUAAGGAUGAGCAUGGUCAUAGUUAUCAUGAGUUUAGUGAGAUUAAAAGGCUGGCUAUUUCUUUCUAUAAGAACUUAUUGGGCCAUUCUUCCCAUGAUUUUCCUCCAGAAAAAGCUGAGAGGGUUGCAAAUCUCAUCAAAAAGAAAUUUUCAGCUGGCUGUGUUGCAAAAAUGGAAGCUGUAGCGCCCCAGAUUUUUAGUAAUACAAUUAAUGUCUUAAACUAG